AUGUCGUCCUGGAACUCGACCGUCGUCUUCCCCAAUGGGACCGAAUCUCACCAGAGCUACCUCGGCGUGCUCGACGACGUCAACAAGUACAAUGUCCAGCUCAACAUCAUCGAGCGCCUCUGGGCGGCGUGGUAUCUUUGGAUGCAAAACGACAUUCUAGCUACCGGCAUCAUGACCUUUGUCAUGCACGAAGUCGUCUACUUUGGUCGCAGUCUGCCGUGGAUCAUCAUCGACGCCAUCCCUUAUUUCCGCAGAUGGAAGAUUCAACAGGUGAGCACCCCUUCUUGA